AUGAAGUUUCAAUCCAGGAUAUUAGCAGGAGUAUUGGCUUUGGCAAGCCUGCAAUCUACAACUUCCUUUGCUCCUUCUGCUUCUCUAGCAGCAAGACAGCAGAAUGCACAAGUGUCCUCGUCCCUGAACAUGGUGGCUACUUCGGACGUUGCGACCAAUGGAGAAGUCAAACCUCGCAAGACAAGAGAGGAACGUUUGGAAGCCGCCUCCAAAGGAUUGCAAGUUCAUUGCGUCGGUUUGUCCAUUCACCACGCUGAGGUUGAGGUGAGAGAAAAGCUAGCCAUUGCCGAAGCCGACUGGAAUGCUGCUUCUGCGGAACUCUGCAGUUCUAGUGAUGUCGCCGAAGCCGCUGUGUUGAGUACAUGCAAUAGAUUUGAGGUCUACUACUCGGCUACGGAUCCACGAGCUGCCAUGGCCAGUGUCACCAAAUACUUGGCGGAACGGUCAGAUCUUCCCGUUUCAGUACUUCGCAAAAACUUGUUUAUGCUUUCGGGGGAUGACGCCGUCUGGCAUAUCAUGCGCGUCUCUGGAGGUUUGGAUUCCUUGGUGGUGGGAGAGGGACAAAUCUUGUCACAAGUCCGUCAAUGCCAUUUGCAUUCGAUUGAAGAAGACGGUUCUGGUGGCAAGGUUUUGGCUAGAAUGCUCAAUGGUGCUGUUAGUGCAGGAAAGCGAGUUCGUUCCGAGACUGCCAUUUCCAAGGGAUCCGUUUCCAUCUCUAGCGCUGCUGCCGAAUUGUCCGAGGCCAUGUCCAAAAAGGACCUGAACUUGCCCUUUUCCGAAGCUCGUUUGGCUGUGAUUGGAGCCGGUAAAAUGACUCGUCUGUUGGUAACUCACUUGGCUUCCAGAGGCUUGGAAAAGAUCACCAUUGUCAACCGAUCCAUGGGAAGACCCCAAGAACUUCAAGAACAAUUCCCCGACGUUGACAUUGAAAUCAAACUCAUGGACGACUUGUGGGAUGUUGUUUCGCGAAGUGAUAUCGUCUACACGGCCACUUCGGCCGUGGACUAUGUCAUUGAUGCCCAAAAGAUGGAAGCUAAUGGAUUAGCUAGCGGAAGACCACUCAUGUUGGUGGACAUUGCUGUCCCACGCAACGUUGGUGAAGAUUGUAAUGAACUCAAGAACGUUGUUGCUUACAAUGUUGAUGACUUGAAGGCCGUUGUUGCGAAGAAUACCGCCAUGCGCCAAAAGGAAAUGAUCGAAGCCGAACACCUUUUGAAAGAAGAAUCUGCCCAAUUCAUUGCCUGGCGCGAGUCACUCUCUGCCGUUCCCACCAUUAACCAACUGCAGGAGAGAGCUAACUUGUUCCGUGAAGAAGAAUUGGACAAGUGCACACGCAAAUUGUCUAACGCCAAUUUGAGUGCCAAGGAACUCGAGGCUGUUGAAAGAUUGUCAAGAGGAAUUGUUAAUAAGUUGCUCCAUGGGCCCAUAAAACAUUUGCGCAAGACUGAGAGUAUCGAGGGCAAGAAAACGACGCUCAAGGAAUUGAAUGCCAUGUUCCGGCUGGAAGAAGACGCAAAUGCACGAGGACGCAAGACUACGCGUCGUCGUUCAUCAUAG